AGCAUAUACACAUAGUUUUUAGAAUCUUGGCAUUUUGCAAAUGUCACAAUUUGCAUGCUUGGCAUUGAAAAAUGACAUCAUAAUUCAUUUCUUUCUUUGGGUCAAGAUUCAUCAAAAGAACCCAGUUUACUCUCUGUAAGAGAACUGAAUGUGAAAAUCCACAAAAAUCUUGUAGUAACGUUACAGUUAAAUUGUUGAUGAAGAGCACUUUACAAACUAACUAAUUCGUUAAGUUAAGCUAAGUUAUCCAACAAAUACAACCAUCAUAAGCACAAUCAUAUACUCUGGUGGAUACUAUCUAAAUUACCAUUGAAAGCCAAUUUCCAGUUUAAUUAAUUCACUAAUCAAGACAUACAAUUAUCAUGUCAAGUUGAUAUGUUAAUAGUCCUUUUGAAAGGAAACACUCGGUGUUAUUACCUUGCAUAAUUAGGCGAUGCGUCUAAGAAAGUGAAACAAUCGAAAAUAUGGCACAAAACAAGCUUAUUCCGUACAUCUGCUUGGAGAAAAGGUUAUGUCGCCUAGUCUGCCAGUAAAACUAAAAGCGACAGUAUCUGACCGCGAUGACGUCAUGAAUAUUUACAGGGGAUGACAUCUGCCGUCUGCGUCAUAAACAUGAGGGAUGAACCACUGAGUAUCACUCAAUCAUGCAUAGCCAAGUGCGUACUGCAUUUUCCUAUCUGAAACUCCUUUAAACCAAAUACAAUUUGACUAUAACCUUACCGUUUGUGCGAAAGCAUUGCUUCUGAUCUGUUACAAAUCUACAUGUCAGUUUUCCGUAGAUUAUCCCCUGAAACCCUUCCCGAUUUGAAUAUGAAUGGUCCCUCAUCAUCAGGUGUGCAUCCAGCAACACCGGUUGCGCCAGGUAAGACACGGUAGCGCACACGAAAGGGCUUCGCUUUUUUCAAAAGGUGUUAUUCUUGUCACAAGGCGUGUAAUCAUAGUGGAAUUCUGCGCCAGGAAGCCUGUGUGAGAGAGUCGCACGUUCGAUCUCCCAGGUGGGUACCAAUCCUCCUCCUCCUCCUCCUGAAGACAGCUGCCGUGAUACGCUCCACCAUGCAGCGGGACGUGCCACCUGUUUCCACCGCUCCCAGCUCCGCCAAACAACAUGCCCCCACCGGCUACCCGCACGACAGCAAGCCGCCGACGUUCACCUCCGAUAAGAAGGCAAAAAUGGCCGCCAAGACAAACAAGAAGUGGGUCCGCCUCGCCACGGUUUUCGCCUACGUUUUCUGCGUGUCGCUGGCAGCCAUCGUGCUGGCGAUAUACUACAGUUUCUUCUGGACCGGCACGACGCUACAAGCCGCUUCGGGAGGGGCGAGCAGUACCCCCGCCAACAUCACGAACACCACCCUGGCGAGCCCGACGGCCGCGCAAACAACACCGGUAGCCACCAGUACACCUGCCGCUACGCCAACAGCGUCAACGCUGCCCACUCUGCCUGCUGACCUGUCCACUGCUACUCCAGACAACACCACAGCCCUGAUUACCAACUGACACCUGUAGGAGCUGAACUCUGCAAGAUGGAUCUGCAACAUCACAUAAUCUGCACAUCAAGUAGCAUCAAAGUCAUGACUUGGUUCUUGUACUUGGAAUGUUGAAGGCUCAAGGAGACUUACUGCUUGAAAUCCAUUGUCUUAGAGACAUACUGAUGUCACCUGCAAGAAUUAUCCUUCUCAACACGAUUGUAUGGAUCCCAUGUGCUCUCUAGGACCAGUUUCAUGGGACAUUUAGACACAUCACCAAGACCACGACAUCAUGAUGAUUCUAUAACAGCUGCUUUGUCUGUGGAAGUGACAAAACUAUGAAGUUUCUUUUGAGCCAUUAUUUCCGCUACUGUCGGAUUUCACUACCUUUCAUAGAAAAGAUGUUGAGGAACAUGCAUAAAACAGCAGUACAGAUUGACUUUUACAAGGCUUAAAGGUUUAAUUUACCAAGUAGUCCCACCAGAUAGACAAAGACAAUUUUCUCUGUUGUGCACUAUAAUUCGUUCAUUUAAUGCAGGCUGGGUAGCGUAGUGUUAGGCAAACUUGACUAAAAAUGCUGCAGUCAGUGCAUUCAGUCACAAAUGAUGAGUUAAACUGGGAAGCUAUGAUGAUAAACCUAGCAUGUUUGUUAACGCUCAGUAUAUUUUAGUUAGAGCGGAAGUCAGCCUUGCCCACAUUGGUGGAUUGUCAUGAUCAUGAGGACCUUUGAAAAUUCAUCACAUAUUCCCUGUAACUAUUCAUUAUUAAUGAUACAAUAAACACUGCCUGGUACAAUUCACCCAAUGAAUCCAGACUAGUGUACACUGUACAUAGAAUGAUAGAUUAUUAUUCUGGUCACAGAAAUGGGUGAAAUCAGUGACUAUCAAAUGAUUGUAAUUAUAUGUACACAUAUCCACAAAUUAAUGUGCAACUAUCCCCUGUAUCAAAUACAAAGUUUUUCUGCCACAUAUCAAAUUUGGCUUUUAAGCACUUGUGGCUAUCAUGUCUAAGAGUUGUACAAGGAACUCUACUUUAAGUCUAGAGUUAAAACAAGAAGUUGGAUUCUCUCAAAUUGGUAUUCUUGUAUUUGUAUUUGUAUAGCUGUUUUACAUAUCAUGUUGCUCUAUGUAUAGAAACUGUACACUGUAGAUGUCUAGUAUGAUAUUGCAUUGUUGUCAGAAUUUAAGAGGACAGUCCUAUGUUCCCAUAGCCCCAUAUUCUGACUGCACUAGAGAUGGGGUUAGGGUUAGGGCUGUCAAAAACAGGAGUCUAAUAUUAGCAAGUGCAAUUGUGGUGUCAUUGUUUUCAAGAGUUUUUGUACAGGUCAUAUGUAUUAGUUCCAUUCUUUUGUACCUUUGUCCCACAGGGCCUUCUGAAACUGUCUAAGAGUUUGUGGAGAGAUGUUUUAUUUAUGUAAAGACUUGGAAACAAGUAUUUAUCCUGGAAUGUGAUUCAUGCUGUUUCAUAGCUCUAAGAUAUAUAUGUAAUGUGUUGGUUAUAAGUCUGUUUUCAUGUGUGCAGAUUGAUUUUAAGGCAUGUGACAGAGUCACUGCAAUAGUUUUAUGCAUGCCCAAGGCUAACUGUGCAUGACAGGGAGUAGGGGGUCAGGAGAGGUUGGCAGUGUGAGGUCCUGCUCUGUAGAUUUAGAGCUUUCAUGGAUUAAAAGAGCAACAUUGGAACAACAUCGUCGGUCUAUCUUGCGACAAGGUGACAGUUGGAGGGUUUUGUUAUCAAACUGGGGUUCGUAGGAAGCUAUAAUUUGAAAUAUUUGUCACUUUGCGCUUUAACAUUGCAAUGAAAAUUUACUAAAUUUGUGCAGAUUAAUUGUAUACAUCAGAUUGUGUUUAAUUGUUAUAUAUGAAUUGCAAAAUAUUUGAAGCUUUGUGGAGUUGUAAAGUUUUGUAAAAAGGUUUUGGGUCAUUCAUAUCACGUGAUGUGUUAAGAACUUGGGUAAGUUGAUGUACUGAUAGACAUUUGCAAUAUUCAUGAUUGAAUAUAAUGUAGUUCAAAUUGUUGACAGGUUCUUGUACUAAGUAACAUUGUUGUAGUCUUCAAUUCCAGCUCCAAGAGUAUAUAUCACAUUCUUCUCAUGCCAGAGUAUGCACCAAUCUCAAAAUAUAUGAAAGCUUUGAAUAUAUUGUACUUGUAUUUUUAAAUGUAAUUACAGUAAUUAUAUGAUA